AUGAUAAUUAUUCAAAUAGGUUAUACCUUCUUAAGCUUGGUAUCUAUUGUAGGGGCCGUGAGUUACUUCCUUGGUUCAGUAACAGCUCAGAAUAACGAAUCACCUUUUCAUUGGUCUGACAGUCAAAAUGUUAUUUCACCAUUCGCGAAAUCAGGCAAAAUGGAAGCCAUCGGUAGAACAGGUGUAGCAGCUAUGCACGCAGUUCUUCUAAACGAAAAGACUAUUUUAAUUAUUGACAAAGCCGAGUGGAACGAAGCUCAAUUUGACUCCGGUCAAAGCGCCUUUCACACUGGUGGUGGCGAAAAGCGUGGACGUGAUUGGAAGGCUGAGCCAGGUUGGCAGUCUAUUCGUCAUUUUACUCCAUGCACAGAUAAUUCCUGUUUAUGGGAUGAGUACAAAACCGGGAAAAUGACCGCUAAUCGUUGGUAUCCAACUGUGGAACAAUUACCUGAAGGUGAUUUGUUUAUUAUCGGCGGUUCAACAAAAGGUACAGCUGUCAAUCGUGCUGAGGUCAAUGUUCCUUCGUAUGAAUUUUGGCCUCCAAGACCUGAAGGCGAAGUUCCAUUCAAAUUUUUAAUUGAGACUAUGCCAUACAAUUUAUAUCCUUUUGUAUUUGUCUUGCCCGAUGGAACUUCCAAAAUACCUGGUAAUCCUCGUUCCUAUCCUUUGACAGGUGGUGCUAUUAUGCUUCCUCUUGACCCUAAAAACAACUACAAUGUGGAAAUAUUAAUUUGUGGUGGAUCUGAACGUAUGAAGCGAGACGCUACUGCUGAUGAUACUUGUGGUCGUAUCAACUUAGGAGACGCUAACCCUCAAUGGAAGAUGGAAAGCUUUAUUCACAAGCGUUUGAUGCCUGAUGGUGUUAUUAUGGCUGAUGGAAAUGUGCUCUGGGUCAAUGGCUGUCAACGUGCUCCCAUUAACAAGCGUUGGACUCAAAACUUAGCCAACACUGACAUUGCACGUAUGUAUCAUUCAGUCGCACUAACAUUACCCGAUGGUCGCGUAUGGAUUGCUGGCUCCAAUAAUGUUGAUCCCCCAGAUAUCAAUGCUGAAUAUCCAACAGAAUUCCGAUCAUUCGACAUUCUUUUAAAUCUGGAAAAUUUAGCUGCUAAAGACACUGACCCAGCAAGCAAGAUCCGCGUUGGUUUAUUGCGUACCGGUUUCAGUACUCACUCUAUGCAUAUGUCUCAACGUUAUGUAUUUUUAAAUCAUGAACCUCAAAAUUACUGCUCUCCCCAUGCUGCCAUUUAUCCUCCAGGUGCGGGUAUGCUUUAUGUUCUUUAUGAUGGCGUACCUUCUAACGGCACUGAAAUCUUUAUUGAACGCAUCUCUCCGAUUUACAAAUUUAAUACUAUUUGAUUAGUCUGCUCCAUACCAUUACCUCUGCUAAAUAAUCCAUUUUUCUCAUUGCCAUAUAACUUUUCAUUUUAACAUUAAAUUUCUUUUUCAUAUCUAAACC